CUGCCUGUGAACGCAGCCUGCCAGUCGCGGUUUGGCGCGCAAACCGUACGGACGUGUGGUUCGUGCCGUUGUGUUUCGUAUCGCGACGCGGCAUUAUAAAAUAUGGAUUGAAUUUUGUGUUGUGUGAAUGAUUGUAAUAUUAGUGAAUUGGAUUUGACUGAAUUGCGUGUCGACAUAAUUGGCUUUUCACGUAAAAGUUGAAAGGUGUGAACAUCAUCAGUACGUGUUUAUGAUCGUACGGUGAGGAAACUCGGCCGAUAGUAGUCGGUCGGCAAAGUCCGUAGGUCUUCAUCAAGCUGCCAUCAUGACGCUACACUGGUGGAUGCACUGGUUCUGGGUGACAACGCUGUUCACCAUCCAUGCGAACAGCGGGCUGAGCUCCGCGGCGCCGCAGUCAGAGGAGCUCCAACACAUCAGCGCUGAAGCCGAGCUGGACCGACGACUCUCUGAGCGACAGAGUCGAGCCAUGUACUACACGAAAACCCAAGUCACUACACAGACCUCCAACAUAACAGACAAUCAUACGGACAAACCACCAGAAAUACCAGUAACAAACACAACAGAAACCAAUAAAACAGAAGAAGUACCCCAUCCAGCUAUACAGUGGACAGUGGUCAACAUCACUGACAUGUCAACAAACAAUACACAGACAACAAACGCAAGCGCAAGUAAUGCAACGGUAGCCCCGUUCACGAAUUUGACGGAAACGCAAAACGCGACGUUUGCGUCUAAAAAGAGGAAUCUGACUAGACCAGACUUCGUGAAAGACGGAGGUGGAAAUGUGGCGGAGAGUAGAAUCGUGACAGAGAAGCCACUGUCAUUAGAGACUACUUUCCUACAGACUCGGAUACCACCGAACGUCGAAUCUUCUAGAAGGGUGAUAGACCAAAGUGAUGGAGGAAUGGAUACGGGGGCUAUAGCCGGGAUAUCGUUUGCUGCGCUAGUUUUGGCGGCUCUGGCUGGGAGCACGGCGUUCGUGCUGUACCGGCGGAGGUACCUGAACAAGCCGCAGACCCUGAAUGACAAGUGCUCGAACCCUGAUUCGAGCGGCUACUUGGAUGACAGUACGAUAAGAGACAACUCCGAAGAGAUGUACAGCUUGGACAACGACUCCUUCCUCAACUCUCUGGAGGCGAUGACCAUACAGAACUACUGGACGGAUACCGUCAAGCACACCAAACUCUGAUCACGUCACUCGUCAUGACGUCACUCACACAAGAUGACGGACCAAACUAGUUUCUACCAUAACUGUCAGACUGGGAAUUGAAGAUGACCAUGAAUAUACCAAGGACAUUAUGACGUCAUAAGCAAUUUUAAUACAGCUAUGUUUUGUCAAAGAUAUCUAAGGAAUUGACGUGAUUCGCAUCUACAAUCUAACAUGCACCUAAACUCUUGACAGAUUAGAUAAAACAAAUCUGAAUGUCGACUUUGAUACUGUCUGAUUAGAUUUUUUAAAUUAAGAACCUAUAUGACAUGACUGCAUGACAGUUGAUCACAUAAUUCGAUAUUCAAAUUCUUCUGUGAUUAUUUUAAUGAUUUGUAAUGUUUUUUUAUUAUGAUUUUAAUUCAAAUAUUUGAGAGUUUUAAACUCAUAAGAAGUACGUGUAAUGACAUG